UUGUCACAUGGCUUUAGGGUCAGUAAAUCUAGGUUAUUAGCUAGCUAUAUAUCUAGCUCUAUAUAGAUCUAUAGAGAGUAUUCCAUAAAUUUAUUCAGUGGUAGAUCUACAUGGUAGACUAGAUAUAGUAGAAGUGUAGAUUUAUAUAGGCAUUAAAAUUAAUGUUUGCUGGUUCUAUUUCUAUAAAGAGAUAUAGAUAUACAGCAGGUUAGCAAUAGAAAAGUGAUGAAUUUGUGGAUUCUUGCUGUUGCUGCUGCUCUGGUGGUGCAAGUAUAUGCACUGGUUCCAACAUGUCAACCACCAGAUCCCCAUGGUUACUGCAUUAGCCAGGGUGUUGACAACUGUGCACCAAAGGAUCGCUUGGUCACCUCGUCAACUGACCAAUGUCGAACCAGCUUCCGAUUUGCACCUGAUCACAAUGACAUCCUAAUUCCCCCGGAGUGGGAGCUGAUGUUUGACUCUUAUGACUACGAGAGCUUGGUGGGGCCAGUGUUCCUCAGCAGAGAGUUUGAUAAUGAUGGAGAUGUGUCGAGAGAUGAGUGGGAGGAUCGAGGUGGUCCCUGUCAGCGCGGUUUGAGAGUGUGUGCCCAUACAUUGGGACCUCAAGACAACUGGGUGUUCUCCCCUCACAUCAAAUACCCCCCAGGAAGUACUACCCUUGGUGGGGGUCUACCAACAGAGAUUUACUUUAAAGUUUCCUUCAGAUUCACUCAGUGUAAUGGUGCCUGUGUGAAUAACUUUGCUGAUCUAUUCAGAUAUGACACAAACAGCAUUGCCUCGGAGAAUGUCCGAACAGACAAAAGACAUUACAUUGACAGUCCAUUUUUUGGAACAGGAACAGAGAGGACAACAUCUCGAUUGGAUCAGACAGGGAGCAGUGGGACUGUUUCAGAUACUAGAACACUUGCCAUUGCUUCUCCCUCCUCCUCGAGAACCAAUGGAUUCCAUUUUGGCAUCAAAGACUCUGGAAAUUGUGGCCAAAUUAACCGAAUGUAUUUCUACUACACACCUUGUAAGGAACAACAAGAUGGACUGGUCAACUAUCCUGAGCUUGUUCGUCCUCCCAGCAGCUCUCUACCAAACGAGGGCAUGGCUUGCUGUGCUCCCAACUCUCACCCCACCACCUCUCUCACCUUCAGAGCUCACAGUGCCACUGAUGGAACUACUGGUGAUGAAGGAUGUGAGCGCAACGUAAGGUGUGAGUGUGAUGCUGGGUACAGACUGAAUGCAGCUGGAACACAUCGAUGUGAAGAAUGCCCUUCUGGAACCUAUCGCUCUCUAACUGAUGACCGAGGCACUUGUCUAGAUUGUCCAAUGAACACAGCAAUGGAUGUGGAGGGUGCUGCAAUUUGCAGCUGUCUGGAUGAAUUCUUCAGAGAUGAGCAAAAUAACGAAGGCCCUGAAAUUUAUUGUACAACUCCCCCUGGUCCAGUAACUGACCUCAAAACAACCGCCAACACUUCCACUAGUGUUACACUCGAAUGGACCAGACCUGAGGUCACCGGAAGAGAUGACUUCUACUACACAUAUCAGAUCUUUGAUCCCAACCACAUUUUACCUGACACUCCUAGGAGAUUGUCUUUCACUGCAUCAUCACCAAAAAUAACAUACACUGAAGAUCGUUUGCGGCCUGUGACACCUUUCACGUUUAGGAUCACUACCCAUAAUGGAGUCAGUGAUGAGGACAAGGAAAAUGCAGCCUUGAGAAAAGUUGAGCUUGUAGUAAAGACCAAAGAAGGUGUACCGAGUGCACCGAGAGAUGUCAGGGUGUUCACCGAGGUAGUGGUGUGGGGACCUCCUCAGAAUCCAAACGGCAUUAUUACCGGCUAUGAAGUCAAGUUCAGUGGCUCUUUGUCAGGGUCUGUAAGUGUCGGUAAGGAAGCUUCAGAGAGCUAUCACAUCAUAAGUGAUACUGAUCUUAGUCGCCUACAAGGUACCAUUCAAGUUCAGGUAAGAGCAAAGACAAGAGCUGGGUUCGGAGACUAUAGCUCACCUCAAAUUAUCACUACUACUUCGCCCCCUUGCCCAACAGAACUUCCCCCACCCCCGCCCCCACCCCCUUGUCCAUGUACACCAGAUCCACCUGUGAAAUUUCUUCUGAAUGGCAAGAUAUACACUGAUGGCGAUACUGUACUGAUACCAGACAUUGGAGAGGGAGAUGACGGUCUACUGUGUGUGACUGAGUAUGAGAACUGCUGCAGCAAUUCUGUCGCUCGGUUCUACUAUCCCGACGGCAGUCUUGUCAGCUCCUUCUCCAGAAGUUCACUGUACCAGAACAUAGGGGAGCAGCUGGUUCGGUUGAACAAGAGGGACGGUAGCCUCUCCCCUACUGGUCGCUACAGAUGUGAUAUUCCUGAUGAUAAGGGAGUGACACUGAGCAUCUUCAUCAACAUUAUUAAUCCGGACCUGAUCUGCCCUCCACCCCCACCCCCUCCGAUUGGAACGUGUCCCCCUCCCAUACAAUGCCCUACUGUACCUACCUCUGACAAUUGUCAAUCACUUUCAUCUCCGACCAAUGGAAGAGUAUCAGCUUCUUCAACAGCUUUCGGUAGCACCGCCACCUACUCUUGUAACCUAGGUUACUCUCUUGUGGGGGCCUCCACACGCAGCUGUGAAUCACAGGGAAGUGCAUGGAGCGGAAACACACCUUCUUGUCAAGCUGCAGUACGGGAGUGUCCUAGUCUGACUAGUCCCACUAAUGGAAGGGUACUCGUGUCUUCAAGAUCUUCCGGAGGGAUUGCUACCUACAUCUGUAACACUGGCUACACUCUGAGUGGCUCAUCAAGGCGGACCUGUUUGUCUAAUGGGCAGUGGAGUGGAUCUGUUGCCAUAUGCCGUCCGGAAUCACAAGCAUGCCCAGUCUUAACAAAUCCUGUGAAUGGAAAUGUUGCAAUACUUGGAAGCAUUGCUACCUACACCUGUAACCCUGGCUACACUAGGGUGGGCUCCAAUGCACGUCUCUGCCAAUCCAGGACAUGGACUGGAACUGCUCCAACUUGCGUGAGAUCAUGUCCAACCCUCCCCCAUCCUCUCAAUGGAAGAGUGUCCGUUAGUGGAGAUAGGACAGCUACCUACACCUGUUCCACUGGCUACACUCUGAGUGGCUCCUCUACACGUACCUGUCAGACCAAUGGAGCGUGGAGUGGAACUACACCAACAUGCGUACAAUGUCCUCUAUUAUUUCAACCAUCUGGUGGAACUGUGACGAUCUCUUCACGAGCCCCUGGGGGCAUAGCCUUCUACAGAUGUAACACUGGCAAUAAUCUGAUUGGCCCCUCUACACGUUCCUGUCAAACAGAUGGAACAUGGAGUGGAAAUGCUCCAACUUGUCAAGCACGUGCACCACAAUGCCCCACUCUCCCCCCUCCUCUCAAUGGAAGAGUGUCUACUAGCGGAGGUACAGCUACCUACACUUGUUCAACUGGCUACACUCUGAGUGGCUCCUCUACACGUUCCUGUCAGACCAAUGGAGCGUGGAGUGGAGCUGCACCAACAUGCGGUGGAGUACAAUGCCCUGAACUAUCUCAUCCAUCUGGUGGAACUGUGACGAUAACUUCACGAGCCCCUAGGGGCAUAGCCUUCUACAGAUGUAACACUGGUAAUAAUCUGAUUGGCUCCUCUACACGUUCCUGUCAGACCGAUGGAACAUGGAAUGGAAAUGCUCCAACUUGUCAAGCACGUGCACCACAAUGCCCCACUCUCCCCCCUCCUCUCAAUGGAAGAGUGUCUGCUAGCGGAGGUACAGCUACCUACACCUGUUCCACUGGCUACACUCUGAGUGGUUCCUCUACACGUACCUGUCAGACCGAUGGAGCGUGGAGUGGAGCUGCACCAACAUGCGUGAGACCAUGUCCAACCCUCCCCCAUCCUCUCAAUGGAAGAGUGUCUGCUAGCGGAGGUACAGCUACCUACACCUGUUCCACUGGCUACACUCUGAGUGGCUCCUCUACACGUUCCUGUCAGACCAAUGGAGCGUGGAGUGGAGCUGCACCAACAUGCGGUGGAGUACAAUGCCCUGAACUAUCUCAUCCAUCUGGUGGAACUGUGACGAUAACUUCACGAGCCCCUAGGGGCAUAGCCUUCUACAGAUGUAACACUGGUAAUAAUCUGAUUGGCUCCUCUACACGUUCCUGUCAGACCGAUGGAACAUGGAAUGGAAAUGCUCCAACUUGUCAAGCACCACAAUGCCCCACUCUCCCCCCUCCUCUCAAUGGAAGAGUGUCUGCUAGCGGAGGUACAGCUACCUACACCUGUUCCACUGGCUACACUCUGAGUGGCUCCUCUACACGUACCUGUCAGACCAAUGGAGCGUGGAGUGGAACUGCACCAACAUGCGUGCAAUGUCCUCUAUUACCUCAACCAUCUGGUGGAACUGUGACGAUAUUUUCACGAGCCCCUGGGAGGGGCAUAGCCUUCUAUAGAUGUAACACUGGCAAUAAUCUGAUUGGCUCCUCUACACGUUCCUGUCUUAUAUCUGGAAUAUGGAGUGGAAGUGCUCCAACGUGUCAAGCACGUGCACCACAAUGCCCCACUCUCCCCCCUCCUCUCAAUGGAAGAGUGUCUGCUAGCGGAGGUACAGCUACCUACACCUGUUCCACUGGCUACACUCUGAGUGGCUCCUCUACACGUACCUGUCAGACCAAUGGAGCGUGGAGUGGAACUACACCAACAUGCGUACAAUGUCCUCUAUUAUUUCAACCAUCUGGUGGAACUGUGACGAUCUCUUCACGAGCCCCUGGGGGCAUAGCCAUCUACAGAUGUAACACUGGCAAUAAUCUGAUUGGCUCCUCUACACGUUCCUGUCAAACAGAUGGAACAUGGAGUGGAAAUGCUCCAACUUGUCAAGCACCACAAUGCCCCACUCUCUCCCCUCCUCUCAAUGGAAGAGUGUCUGCUAGCGGAGGUACAGCUACUUACACCUGUUCCACUGGCUACACUCUGAGUGGCUCCUCUACACGUACCUGUCAGACCAAUGGAGCGUGGAGUGGAACUACACCAACAUGCGGUGGAGUACAAUGCCCUGAACUAUCUCAUCCAUCUGGUGGAACUGUGACGAUAACUUCACGAGCCCCUAGGGGCAUAGCCUUCUACAGAUGUAACACUGGUAAUAAUCUGGUUGGCUCCGUUACACGUUCCUGUCAGACCGAUGGAACAUGGAAUGGAAAUGCUCCAACUUGUCAAGCACGUGCACCACAAUGCCCCACUCUCCCCCCUCCUCUCAAUGGAAGAGUGUCUGCUAGCAGAGGUACAGCUACCUACACUUGUUCCACUGGCUACACUCUGAGUGGCUCCUCUACACGUACCUGUCAGACCAAUGGAGCGUGGAGUGGAACUGCACCAACAUGCGGUGGAGUACAAUGCCCUGAACUAUCUCAUCCAUCUGGUGGAACUGUGACGAUAACUUCACGAGCCCCUAGGGGCAUAGCCUUCUACAGAUGUAACACUGGUAAUAAUCUGGUUGGCUCCGUUACACGUUCCUGUCAGACCGAUGGAACAUGGAAUGGAAAUGCUCCAACUUGUCAAGCACGUGCACCACAAUGCCCCACUCUCCCCCCUCCUCUCAAUGGAAGAGUGUCUGCUAGCGGAGGUAUAGCUACCUACACUUGUUCCACUGGCUACACUCUGAGUGGCUCCUCUACACGUACCUGUCAGACCAAUGGAGCGUGGAGUGGAACUGCACCAACAUGCGGUGGAGUACAAUGCCCUGAACUAUCUCAUCCAUCUGGUGGAACUGUGACAAUAACUUCACGAGCCCCUAGGGGCAUAGCCUUCUACAGAUGUAACACUGGUAAUAAUCUGGUUGGCUCCGUUACACGUUCCUGUCAGACCGAUGGAACAUGGAAUGGAAAUGCUCCAACUUGUCAAGCACGUGCACCACAAUGCCCCACUCUCCCCCCUCCUCUCAAUGGAAGAGUGUCUGCUAGCGGAGGUACAGCUACCUACACUUGUUCCACUGGCUACACUCUGAGUGGCUCCUCUACACGUACCUGUCAGACCAAUGGAGCGUGGAGUGGAACUGCACCAACAUGCGGUGGACUACAAUGCCCUGAACUAUCUCAUCCAUCUGGUGGAACUGUGACGAUAUUUUCACGAGCCCUUGGAGGCAUAGCCUUCUACAGAUGUAACACUGGUAAUAAUCUGGUUGGCUUCUCUUUUCUAACCUGUCAGACAGAUGGAACAUGGAAUGGAAAUGCUCCAACUUGUCAAGCACCACAAUGCUCCACUCUCCCCCCUCCUCUCAAUGGAAGAGUGUCUGCUAGCGGAGGUACAGCUACCUACACUUGUUCCACUGGCUACACUCUGAGUGGCUCCUCUACACGUACCUGUCAGACCAAUGAAGCGUGGAGUGGAACUGCACCAACUUGCCAACGAGCGCAAAUAUUAUGUCCUGUCCUACCUAAUCCCACUAAUGGUGAUGUGUCUAUAUCUACAAGAUCUUCUGAAGGUAUAGCUACCUACGCCUGUAACGCUGGUUACGCACUGAGUGGCUUGCAAAGACGCAUUUGUGCGUCCAAUGGAGUUUGGAGUGGAUCACAACCAACUUGUACCACGGGGUUCAUGCUAAGAGGAGAAACCUUUGCUAAUACCAGUAGUAUCUCCCUUGAAGAUAUCGGUGAAACUGAUGAAGCUCUCAUCUUCCAAACAGAAAUUAAGGAUUGCUGCAGAGUGCAAAAGAUCGGACAAUGUUACUAUCCUAACGGUGUUGAAGUGGGGACUAAAGCUGCCAGGAAUGAAAUGUAUCGCAACCGUGAUUCACAAAUGGUUCGACUCAAUAAGGUUGAUGUAUUCACUGGUCAAGCUGCAAUCCCUGGACUGUACUGUUGUACUGUGCCCAACAACGAUGGUAUCCUUCACCGAAUAUGUGCAAAUAUCACAGUUUGAUUGUCAUGAACUUGCGAAAGCUGACUUUGUAACUAAAUAAUUCACUCUAGCUCUCCUUUUAUUUGCAGAACAAUAAUAUUUAUCAUAAUCUGUUUGUGUAGUUAGUAAACCAUCCAUUGAGUUUUAAUAUUUUUAAGUAUAGGUAUAUAGUAUAUACGUAUGUAAAACAUUUCAUGUAUGUCAAAUUUCAACAAAAAUAGAUUGAUUUAAACUG